UAAAUCCUGGUUAAAAGUCUUAACAGUUAUGUUUCUGUGCCAGAAUCUGUCUUUAAACCAAGUAAAAUAAGCUAAUGUUAACUUGCACAUGUUUUACUUAGCGUUUUGUGGUGUGCAGUUUGACAGAUGAACAGGUGCCUUUUCUCUCUGUAUGUCGACGGAUAAGAGUGAGAGUCAUGUUUGACAGGUGACAGGAAAUGUCACAUGACAUGUUGACAUUUGAUCAAUUUUAAUGUCGAACGUUGAAUGAAUCGUGUAUUUAGUCGCUUUUGCAUGAAUGUUUGGAAAAAUAAAUCCAGGUUGAAAACCUGUUUGCAACACUGUGUACUACUGGUGGGAGAUGGUUACAUUGUCUUUUUAAAUUUUAGAUUUAAUUGUUUUACCAGGGUUUUUGCUUAUUAUGUGCGUCAUAAAUCGAAAUUUGAGGAGUUAUACUCAAUGAGACUGUUUUGUGAAGAGAACGACAUUACCCACAAUCCCCUUAGUUGUUAGCCUAUGUGGUCGCAGCCGUGCUUUCUCACUUUAGCCACAAGAACUAAAGGUGUUGUACAAACGAGAGUGAAACUCUGGUCGUAUUUUUUAACUAUUGUAGUAAAAAUGAGCUUCGAGGUUUUUUCGUACGAGAGUUUGGUUCACGCCGUGUCUGGUGCAGCGGGAAGUGUUACUGCGAUGACAGUGUUCUUCCCUCUUGAUACAGCCAGACUAAGACUUCAGGUGGAUGAAAAUAGGAAAGCCAAAUCAACUCCAGCCAUUCUGGCAGAAAUCAUCAAAGAGGAAGGACUUCGAGCCCCGUACAGAGGCUGGUUCCCCGUUAUCUGUAGCCUGUGUUGCUCCAACUUCGUCUACUUCUACUGCUUCCACAGUUUAAAGGCCCGUUGGCUGAGAGGAAAACAGUCGGUACCGUCCACUGAUUUACUCAUAGGCAUCACUGCAGGUGUUGUAAACGUACUCGUUACCACACCACUGUGGGUGGUCAACACCAGGCUGAAGCUCCAGGGUUCCAAGUUUCGCAAUUCCGAUAUCAGGACAACCAACUACUCUGGCAUCCUGGAUGCAUUUGUUCAGAUAAUCCGUGACGAGGGUGUGGGAGCUUUGUGGAAUGGAACCUUUCCAUCAUUACUGCUGGUGCUGAACCCUGCCAUCCAGUUCAUGAUCUACGAGGGUCUGAAGAGGCAGCUGAGGAGAGGGCCUCCCAGGGAGCUGUCAUCUGCUGAAGUCUUUAUUAUCGGUGCUGUGGCCAAAGCUGUGGCCACCUCUGUAACAUAUCCACUGCAGACCAUACAGUCCAUUCUUAGGUUUGGUCAACACAACCUGCCAAGGGAUGAGCCAAAAAUCAUGUCGAGUCUCAGGACAAUAAAAAAUCUACUGCUCCAUAGAAUAAGAAAGUACGGCAUGUUGGGUCUGUUUAAAGGCCUGGAGGCCAAGCUGCUCCAGACAGUGCUGACUGCCGCCCUCAUGUUUCUUCUGUAUGAGAAGAUUGUCAGCUGUACCUUCACUGUGAUGGGACUCAGGAAACACUCCAAGGGACACUAGCAAGUUGAUUUACAACGUUGGACUCUGCAUGGCAAUUAAAACACUAGAGAAAUAACUAAGUAGCUCUUCAUAAUGUACAUGAUUUGCACACAUAUUUUUCUACUGGAAACACACUUUGUAUGUUAACAAACAUCAAAAUUCAACCAUUAAAAUUGGUAUUAUUGU